AUGGCUUCAGAACCUACCAAUAACGCAACAGCAGCAUCGCCAGAGAUCGAUCUGUCUCAGUUCACACCUGUCACUGAAGGCAAGGCCACCAUUCUCUUCCCAAAAGGCAAUGAAGUAUUCUACAACCCUGUACAAGAGUUCAAUCGCGACAUGUCCGUUGCGGCGAUCCGUACUUGGAGCGAAAUGUUCUUGGGAGAGAAACGUGCACGUAUCGAGAAGAAGGUGGCCAACGCCAAAGAUGAGAAGCAAAGGAAGGAAAGUGAAGAGCGAUUGAAGAAUCACAUCAACACACAGAGUUUCACUAUCCUGGAAGCAUUGGCCGCAAGUGGUCUUCGAUCUAUCCGUUAUGCAAAGGAAAUCCCAUACUUGAAGCAAGUGACAGCCAAUGACUUGGAAGAGGAAGCAGUGGAAUCUAUCAAGCGCAAUAUGAAGCAUAACGGCCUUACCGAAGAAUUGUUGCGACCUAAUCAAGGAGAUGCCAUGCAAGUCAUGUACAGUGCUAUUGGUAACGGCCAAAAGUAUGAUGUUGUGGAUCUUGAUCCCUAUGGUUCAGCUGCCCCAUUUAUUGACGGUGCUGUUCAAGCAGUUUCUGAAGGAGGUCUUUUGUGUGUCACUUGUACCGACCUUGCUAUUUUGACUGGAUCGAUGCAUCCCGAAACUUGCUUUGGAAAGUACAAUGGUAUGCCUUUGAAGGGCAUGUUCCCGCAUGAGAUGGCAUUACGUUUGGUCCUCAAUACUUUGCAAACCUCUGCUGGCCGCUAUCGUCGUUACAUUGUCCCUCUCAUGUCAUGCAGCAUUGAUUUCUAUCUUCGCGUCUUUGUUCGUGUCUUCACUUCUCCAGCUGAAGUAAAAAAGGCAGCAAGCAAAACCGCUGUUAUGUACGAAUGCUCUGGAUGUCACGCCUACAGUGUACAACCCCUUGGCAAGAUUGAUAAGAGAGAAAAUGGCCAAGAUCGACAUACACCUGGAACUGGUCCACCUGUGAACGCGCUCUGUGACAAUUGUAACAACAUUCAUCAUGUGGGAGGACCGGCAUGGGGAGCUGCUUUACAUGACCAAAGCUUCGUCAAAAAGAUGCUAGAACACGUCAAGGCUAACGAAUCCAACUAUGGAACGCACCAACGUAUGAAGGGCAUGUUGACUGUGAUCAGCGAAGAAGUGGAUGCACCUUUGUAUUGGACCCUUGCACGAUUGACUGGUACGCUUCAUUGCAAUUCGCCCCCAUUGGUUGAUAUCUUCUCUGCUAUUCUCAAUGCUGGAUACAAGGUCUCUACAUCCCAUUGUGGUCCUGGCACGAUGAAAACGAAUGCACCUUCACAUGUUGUUUGGGAUGUUUUCCGAGCUUACAUCAAAGAUCAUCCCGUUGUCAUGGAGAAUAUCCCCGAAAAUUCACCCGCACGGGCCAUCCUCAAGAAGGAGCCUACCACACAAAUCAGCUUCGCCCGCCACAAGGACGCAUACCCCGAAUCACGAACUAUCAAGAUUGCACGAUAUCCUCAGAAUCCUGCACCUAACUGGGGACCCAAGGCACGUGCCGGCAAAAAGAGAAAGCAAGCUGAUGCAUGA